AUCACAGCACAAACAUUUUUCAAGAUAUCACUACAGACUGCAGGAAUCGUUAUAGUAUCCACUAUACUCUUAACUUGCUGCUGUACUUUGUUUAUAAGGAACAGGUUUUCGAAUUUAUGCGGGAGGAUAUUUAGAAGAAAAAAGAAGAAAAAAGGGAAAGUAAUGGCUAUUAAAAUGGGAGACGCAGAAGACGUGUCUAGAAGCUAUGUUGUAAGAAAGCCAAGGGCAACGAGAAAGAGGAAGCCAUCGUAUGAAUUGAUGAACACGGCUACAGGAAAUGUCGUUCCCGUUGCACCCUUUGAAUCUAGAGAACCAGUCCCAACGGGUUGUUGCAAGUGUUACAAGAAGAGAAGAAAGACAAGAACGAGAAAAUCACGCAGUUGA